AUGUCAAUUGCAAAAGACACGGAAGAAAAGCGCGUUGACAAUCGAGAGAAAGCAAUGUUGCUGUUCACUUUCCAACUACUUCUGGACAAGGGAUAUGUUGACACUGCAGCUUCACUCGCAUCAGAAUUUUCACUCAGCUUGGAUCAGUACACAAUUUGUGAAAAUAUUGACUUGAACUCGAUUUUCAUUGAUUUUGAAGCAUACUACAACAUGCGAUUUCAGCGUUACCCCCAAUACUUUAAGAAGAUAUCGGCAGGAGGAGCAACUGUGGGUGAAAGUUUACUCAUGAAGUUGUCCAAAAAAAAUGGUGGUCGUAAUAAUACUGGAUCCAGUCGAUUGCGGCGAGGUGGGCCAAUGGCUGAUGGAGAUUUAUUAUCGGCCAACUCGUCUGAACCCCUAGAAUUGAAUAUUUCGAACAAUGUCAAUCCCCGUUGUUGUAACAAUGAGAAACUACUCAAGCCCAUUUCAGGCCUAGAGUUUGGAAAUGAUGAAAUGCGAUAUUUCGCAGACAUUAUUCAACGAGAAAUUGUUGUACAAGAUUUGGAGACCAAGUGGGAUGACAUCAUUGGACUUGAAAACGCGAAAAUGAUUUUAAUGGAGUCGAUGGUUUACCGAAAUGAAUUUACAGAAUUCUUUGGUGAUGCACUUCCACCUUGGAAAGGGCUACUGCUUUACGGACCAGUGGGAACAGGAAAGACAAUGUUAGCAAGAGCAGUUGCUUCGGAAUGUGGAACAACAUUUUUUAACAUUUCUACCGCUUGUUUGGUCAGCAAAUGGAGAGGUGAUUCGGAAAAGAUGAUGAAGGUUUUAUUCGACUUGGCUCGAUAUCACGCACCUUCCACCAUAUUUUUUGACGAGUUUGAUGCUCUAGCCUCCAAUCGUGACACGUCCAGUGAAUCUGAUGCGUCUCGACGCCUCAAAAGCGAACUCUUACAACAAAUGGAUGGGCUACUGACAAAUUGUGAAUCUCAGCCUCCAGUGUUCAUUCUGGCUGCUACGAACCUGCCUUGGGAGUUGGACCCUGCUGUGGUUCGUCGAUUGGAAAAAAGAGUGUACAUCCCUGUUCCUAACACGCAGGAAAGGGCUGGAAUUUUGAAACAUCAUUUUGCCAAAACGGCUCAAGGGGUUGCCCGAAAUAGUAAGGGGAAAAAUUCCAUUGUCUGCAAUCUCGACUUUGAAGCAGUUGCAAAUGCAACGGUCGGCUAUUCCGGGUCGGAUCUGCAGCAUGUCGUAAAGGAAGCGGUCGUCUUAAAAUUUCGCGAAACAUUUCAAGACAAGAGUAAAUUAAGGAAACUAAUUAUUGACUCGCAAGAUGUGGCCAGAGCAUUAAAAAAUGUUUCGUCAACUGUGAAAGCUGAGCAGGAUAAAAAAUUUAAAAAUUUGGAGUCCAGUUUUACAACAUAGCCUGUUUGACAUGGCUUAUUUUUACUGCAUGCAUGAGUAAUUCUUGAAUGAACAAAUGUUAUUCGAAUAAAUGAUAUAAUUUA